CAGGUCUCGCGACACCCAAGGCUGGUAACUGUAGGUUAUUCGUCUGCAUCCUUCGCUGCAUCUCAGCUUGCAGCAGAACACGGGAGCGUUGCUGGAUGUAAAACUUCCAGUUUGAGAAUAUGUUCAGGAACGCGCUAAAAUUAGCGUGGAGCGCUGGCGGCCGCUGCCCAGCGGAUGGAACUAUGAUUUCAAUCAGCGGCGCGAGACCGCUGCGUACUUCCGGCCGACAUCGGACAGACGGCGUGAAGGACGCAGGAGCGACCGGAAACGGUUUCGACACCUCUUUACUGGAGGUUCUAGUGUGUCCUCUGUCCAAAAAAACGCUCAGGUAUGAUGGAGAGACCAAUGAACUGAUCAAUGACGAACUGGGCAUCGCGUACCCGAUUAUCGACGGCAUACCCAACAUGAUUCCUCAGGAUGCCAGGAAGGUCGAGAGGAGCUCCAACAAGGAGGAACCCACCCAGUCAUGAGGCGUACACACCGCCCGAACGACAGUUGUGUAUUUAUUCUGUCUGCCAGGUUUUCUGCAUUUGUUCUUGUGUUAUAGUCCACUGUUUUCUCCCUCCUUUUUUAUUUUUAAUUCCAAAUUACAUCAGUUGGUAGGGGGGCAUGGUGGCGCAGCAG